AUGAAUUUCCUGCUGCUGCUGUUCCUCGUUUUCUUUGCCCCCUUGCUGCUGUUUGCUGCUUGGCUGGCGGCCUCAUCCUGUCUAGGGAAUCGCUUUCGCACUCGCGUGGGUGGAUUCUCGGUACGGCCGGGUCUGGACUCAUAUGGCCAGAGCUACCUCCGAACGAUGGCCAAUUCAGGGCCUGCAUUGUCCGAGCAGAUCGAGAUGGAUGACAUGCUAGCCGAGCCAGGCACGCAUCGGCAUUUUGAGGAAGAGGAUUGA